CCGCGUAGCAGCCAUUCAGCGGCGGUGGCUGAAGCGAUUGGACUGCGAGCGUCUCUCCCUGCACUUUCUGUGGAAUUUGAAUUAUUUUGGCUCGGCACGGUUCGUGAUACAUAGGUGACGGCAUUAGCGGGGCGUCUUCUGGGUCGCAGCGGUGAUCACAGGGAGCUCAGUGAUGAAUAAGCUACGGCAGAGCUUCCGCCGGAAGAAAGACGUCUACGUGCCGGAGUCAAGUCGGCCGCACCAGUGGCAGACAGACGAGGAGGCGGUUCGCAGCGGCAAAUGCAGCUUUGCAGUCAAGUACCUGGGACAUGUGGAGGUAGAGGAGUCCAGGGGGAUGCACAUCUGCGAGGAUGCAGUGAAGCGGCUUAAGACGGACAGGAAAUUCUUCAAAGGAUUCUUUGCAAAAGCUGGGAAGAAGCCAGUGCGGGCUGUGUUGUGGGUGUCGGCAGAUGGUCUUCGUGUUGUAGACGACAAAACAAAGGACCUGAUUCUGGACCAGACAAUAGAAAAGGUGUCAUUCUGCGCUCCGGACCGGAACUUUGAGAGGGCGUUUUCUUACAUCUGCAGGGAUGGCACCACACGGCGCUGGAUCUGCCAUUGUUUUAUGGCCAUCAAAGACUCAGGAGAGCGUCUCAGUCACGCCGUGGGUUGUGCAUUCGCUGCCUGUCUGGAGCGAAAACAGAAACGGGAGAAGGAGUGUGGGGUCACGGCAACCUUUGACGCCAACAGAACCACUUUCACCCGGGAGGGCUCAUUUCGUGUUACUACAGCAACAGAGGCAGCAGAGCGGGAGGAAGUCAUGAGGCAGCUACAGGAUGCUAAAAAAGCAGAGACGGAUGUGAAGGUUGCUGGGAACUCGGCCACCAGUGUGACAAAUUCCUCAGCACACCAUACAGGAGGUUCACCAUCCCCCUCGUCCUCCCCGCCUCUGUCUGUGCCCACGCUGGGACCUCAGGCGAUACCCCGCAGACAUGCGCCGGCCGAGGCUCUUGCCAGGCAGGGCUCCUUCAGAGGAUUCCCGGCCCUCAGUCAAAAGACGUCUCCCUUCAAACGACAGCUGUCACUGCGCAUGAACGAGCUGCCCUCCACCAUGCAGCGCAAGUCAGAUUUCCCCAUGAAAAAUACAGUACCUGAGGUAGAAGGUGAAAGUGACAGCAUCAGCUCGCUGUGUACUCAGAUCACAACAGCAUUCAGUGGACCCCCAGAGGACCCCUUCUCUUCAGCACCAAUGCCCAAGCCAGCCUCAUCCCCACAGUCUCCUGUAGCACCAGUGAACGGCACAGCUCCUGCCUUCUCUGUUGCUGCUACUGCUAACCCCCCAGUUAUGCCCCCCGCUCUGCCUGCUCGAGAAACUAACCCCUGGGCUAAGACCCCAGCAGGGGCCCCGGCCUCAGCACAGCCAGGAAGUGACUGGUCAUCCUCUACUCCAGUGAUAGUAGUGCCCCCUACAUCCUCCCCAGCCAUAUCCUCUCACAAACGAACGCCAUCAGAAGCAGACCGGUGGUUAGACGAAGUCACCAAGUCUGUCCGGGCUCCGCAGCCAAAUCCAGUCAUGGCAGCAGCAUCGCCUCCCACUCAGCCGUUCACCGCUCCUGUGCCGAUACCUGUGGCAUCUGUUCCCUCUGUUCCCUUCAUGUCUUCUCUGCCCCCUGCCGUGCCCAUGUUGCCCCCUCGCCAGCCCGCCUUCCACGCUCAGGCUCCAGCCUCCUACCCAAUGUCCAACGGGCUGCCGUUCCCUCAGCCCAGCGUGCCUGUGGUCGGUAUCACCCCUUCACAGAUGGUGGCUAAUGUGUUUGGCUCAGCCACGCAACCCCAGCCGUUCCCUGUACCAGCCUCUACGACACCCCAGCAUGACACCCAGGCUGUCGGCAGUAUCAGCCCGUUCAUCAAACCCCCACAGCCCACUGCCAUGAACCCUGUUCACCUCCAGCCAUCCAAUGGCAGUGUGACCUUUAACGGGGCAGACAACUGGGCUGCUCCGUCCCAGCUCGCUCCAUCCUCCCCAGCCACGCAGCCGCCCCCACAGCAGCAGGAAGAUGCCUUUGAGGCCCAGUGGGCAGCCUUGGAGAGCCGCUCGCGCCAACGCACCACACCAUCCCCGACGAAUCCCUUCUCCACUGAGCUGCACAAGACCUUUGAGAUCCAGCUCUGAAGACUGUGGUUGAGAUGGCAAAGUACUGGACGAUAAGGAGUGAGAGCAGGUAAUUGACUACAGAGGAGAGGGGAAUGUCUACCUGCCUCUCUUCAUCUCACUUUCAGUGGACAAGCUCAGCGGGGCUGAAAAGAACUGGCAGACAGUGGAGAGCAACGGGUGAAUCAACAGGGAGCAGAACUCUGUGCAGCAGUGAGGGGAGGAAAAAAAAAACUAAAACAGGUUGCAGUUAACAAGGGUGCAGUUCCCCAGGCAUUUCGUUAGCAUUGUCUGUAUUGUUUUGUCUGUACCGAGCCACGCCCACGCCCCUGUCAGCCCCCCUACCACCCACCCAGGUGUGGUGGUUCCCGUCCCCUGCCCUCCUUCGCUUGGUCCAGCUCCCAGCGCCCCCUGUUGACAGAACGAGACCUCCCUCACCUGGCAGAGGAACUGCAGCACUGAGAGAACUCAGCUUCCAGAUGAAAAGUUCUCGUUAAUAACUUCCUGAAUCAGAAGAAUGGAGUGAGACAAUGCCAAAAUCUUUAUUUUUAUGCAUUAAGUAUAUUUUAAAUAGCUUUGGAAUCUAACAGAAGAGUUGUAAGUAAUCUUGCCAAAGGCACAGGCUAGCUACAAUGAGACAAGUUUAUGUUCGUGUAUACAAGAAAUGACCCUAUAUAUUAUACAUAAAUAUAUAUAUAUCUAUAAAGAAUCUAUACUGUACACACAGCUCACAGCAGUGCUAAUUUUUAAUGUGAUGUAAAGAGAUUUUGUGAAGGGACAGCUGCUUUACUUUUGUGUUUUAUUGUUUUAUUUUUGAAGAAAAAUCUCUUUAUUGCCGUCUAUUGCAUCCUGUGAUUGGAUGUGAAGCAUCUCACUGUAAAUAUGGUAUCAUUGCAGCAACAAUCAAUGUGGACCUAGCAAUGGUGGUGGUGCCCAACUGGUUGCCUCUCUUACCUGUGCUCAGUUUUCAGUAGUUUAGUACACAUCAGUACAUCACAUUUUACUCCCUCUGUCUUCAUUGUCAUUCUGUUUUGUGUGGUAACGAUCUUGUUUUUUAUUUAACACCGUAGGAUGUGUCAUCUCCUGUUUCUCCGCCUCUUGUAUUAUUUUUUAUUUUUUUUGUUGAUGAUUUCUUUAAAUUUUUGUUUUGCACAAGCACUAAAGUAGAUGAUUUGACCUCACAGGUGACCUUGAUCAACAUGGGUUAGUCAGUUGUGGUGCUGCAGUAGCUGAGAAGCUGCAUGCUGAUCUGCCCUGACCUCCGUUAGCCUGCUGUGGUUCUGAUGGUCAGCAGAAAACUACAGGGAGAUACGUUUUCAUCUCUCACUGUCUGAUUUCUCUCUGUCAUGUUUUUAUUUUUAUUUUUUAAAUCAAACCUGUGAAUAUGAUCUAUUCUCUGAUCUAUUUUUCCAUUUUGUAAUUAUUUCAUUACUUUAUUCCACUUCUUUGGAGAAAUAUUGAAGCUAAAAGAUUGAAUAAAUUGAUGGUGGUAGAGGAAAAUA